GAGACAGAGAGAGAGACAGAGAGACAGACAGAGAGAGAGACAGAGAGAGAGACGUGGUGAUGAAAACAACAAAGUGAGAGCCUGAAACAGAAAGAGGCAGAAAGCGAGCGAAGCAGUAAAACGAGGAGAACAGGAGGAAGAAACGAGGAGGAGGAGGGUCUGAGACGGGUGGAGGACGCUGAGGGGAGGGGAGGGGGAUUAGAGCAGAGAGGAGGAGCUGGGAAAGCACCAGAAGACACAGCUCACAACUGAGCCGAGAGCGAGUCGUAAAGAGACGGCAGGCAGCACACAGCUCAGCCUCCGUCACUCACAUCUGGAUCCAUCACUCACAUCUGGAGAGGACUCACUGCAACUUCUCUCUGUGUGCUUCCUUCUUUUUCUGAGGAAGAGGAAGAGGAGGACGAGCUCACAGCUGCAUGUUUCAUGUUUGGGAUUUCACAGAAAGCGAAGCGAGAUUUCUCUUCUGCAUGAAGCCUUUUGAAAAUCUCUCAUCCUCCCACUGCUGAAAAAAAAAAAAAAAAAAAAAGGACUGGCUCUGCAGAAAUUAGCCGGAGGAGAAAGACACAGCGAGCGACAGAGCGGUGUGGAUGAGAGUGUGAAACCUCUCCGCGGUCGCCGCUGCAGCUGCCUGCCAGUGAAGUGAAGUGGACUGGAUGCUGACUUCUUUGAAAAUCUGAUCCGAGACUCGGGGCGGGCUGUGGGCGGCAGACAGCUGGGGCCGUGAUUCACAAAACCCGACUUGGCGUGAAAACAAAGGCAUGCUACAACUACGACGAGGCUCCUUCAUCACGAUAGCAGCUACGGAGUGAAGAGGAGAGAAAGCGAGCUCAUGUGGGAAACUUGAGCCUUGGUCUGUUUACUUCGCUGGAAAAUGACUUUAAUGGCCACUUGAAGCUCGAAGGAGGAAUCAGAAGGGUUAAAACAAGACGACUCUGAUAAGUCAUCAACAAAAUCAGGAUCUAACGAUCAGGAAGGACUUCCGUCUGUCGGAGGUACGACGGUGCAGUUAUGGGCUAAACGGAUCGUGGAGAGGUGAGAGGAAGUCAUGCUGAACGCUCUGCACAGCUGGUUUUACGAUGUUUUCUCUGGAGGGAAUAAAACGGACUUCAAAGGAGAAUAUUUUAAUACCACAACAUACCUGCACCUCCUCUUUUUCCACUUUUCUGGACACCCGGGUGACAUUUAAAGCAACUAAACUUUGACUGUGCUCAUUCACAUUGUUUUAUCCAUCACUAUCUACCUUCUCUUUUAACCUAAAUAUCUCUGCACGAGCAAGCAGAGUUGGAUUUUGUUCCACCUUCGUACUUCCAGCCUGCUAACCACAGAGUACAGAAUUAGUUUACACCGGCACACCUGGACCUGGACCUCAGAAACUGUGCCCUUUUUUUAAUGUAGCCACCUCUCUUUUUUCCCCUGUUUGCCCUCUCCAGAUGGCUGCCAUGUUGGCAGGUGGAUGCAGAUGCAAUCACCUCAUUCAACAUUAACCGGGUUUGACAAAAUAAACGGAUCACGCUGGAGCACGAGCUGGACGCAUAAAUGAAACCCAGUGAGCAUGCAUUACAGUGGCAUUUUGUUUGUGCCCUGUAGCUUAAACGCAACAAAGCAAAUAAGCUUUCUGUCUUAGAUGUGUCUUGAAAAUCAUAAGAGGGAUUUAAACAUUUACACUGGCAUAUUUGUCUGUGGCAGGAACAUUAGCAAAGGAGAAAAGACUUCAUAUGUAAAGGGACUGUAACGAGAUAAAGAUGAAAAACAAGCAUGUUCAGUCUCGUUUGUUAGUUUGUCAGGAGUCCAUUUAUGUGUUAAAUUACGUCAAAAUGAGAUGAAUCACAGAGCAUGAAGGAUGUGAAAAAUACAUUUAAAAAGCAUUUACACCGGCUGUUCUAAAGUGGAGAAAGUAACAGAGAUAUAAACUGGGUCAUAAAGAGAAGUCUAUAAACAGAUCCCUGGCUGCUGAUGCCCACAGUCCGCUGGUGGCAUCAUGUUGUAUGUUGGUGGUAACAGUGGUUUUCUGCAGGGUGUGGUGGCACCGGCAGUUAUAGCAGCAUCACCGUCACGGUGGUCUGUUGUUGUGUUGUUAGUUUGUCUCCAGCUCCCCCAGCUGAGCCUGGUCCAGGCCACCAUCUGCCUGUCUCAGGGCUCCUCCCAGGCGGGCAGAUGCCUCUGUGCCUCGGACAUCCUCAGCUGCACUGCCGCGGGUCUGGAGCAGGUCCCCAGAGAAAUGCCCGUCUUUACUGUCACUCUGGAUCUCAGCCAUAACCGGAUUGUGCAGCUGGAGGGUGGCGACUUUGAAGGACUUUAUCGAUUGGAGACAUUACGGUUAGCGCACAACCUGCUGACUACUAUUCACCCGGGGGCAUUUCGUAACACCUCUGGGAUUCUCCUCCGACACCUGGACCUGUCGUCCAAUCAGCUUAGUGUUUUGGAGCAGCAUUAUUUCCUAGAUUUGCCUGGAUUGGAGGAACUGCUGCUGUAUAACAACCGUAUUGUCCACGUGGAGAGCAGAGCUCUGGCCGGACUGAGCAGCCUCCGCAAGGCCUACCUCAGUCAUAACCGUCUCACUGACUUCCCCUUCUUUUCCAUCCAAGAGCACAGCCACCCUCACCUGUCCAUGCUGGACCUGUCCUCAAACCGUCUGCCCAGACUACCCCUGGAUGAUAUAUCGAACUUGCCCUUUUCAGUCCAGAGUGGACUCUACCUUCACAACAACUCCCUGGUGUGUGAGUGCUCGAUGUACGCUCUGUUCCGGCACUGGGAACAGAGAGGCUUCGCCUCAGUGACAGACUUCAGACAGGAGCACACCUGUCUGGUCUACGGGAUACAGAGAGGCACAGUGCGCUUCUUCCAGCAUGACCGCUACUUUGAGAAAUGCAACAUGACUGUGAUGAGUGGGCUGCUGAAAGAGCAGGAGCGCUGUGUUUCAGUGAAGGAAGGAAAGGCAGUGCUGCUGCACUGCGUGACCAGUCUUACCGGACAGCAUGUGACCUUUCUCUGGGUGUCACCGAAUCAAGAGUACGUGGCACCGCCAGGAAACAAUGGAUCAUUAAAGAUGUACAGCAAUGGUAGCUUGGAGAUCGUGGCGGCACGGGUAGAGGAUACUGGUAUCUACUGGUGUAUGGCUCUGGACCAGCAGCGCAAUGAAACGCGUGAGGUCAACGUGACCGUGGUGCCGCACCAUGACAGCGAGCCUCACGAGUCCUUCAACACCGGAUUCACCACCCUGCUGGGCUGUGUGGUGAGCCUGGUGCUGGUCCUCAUGUACCUCUACCUGACGCCCUGCCGCUGCCCUCCCUGUCCUAAGGCCUCGACCCCGGCCACGGCCAACCCGAGCCAGGGGAACGAGGGCGGGGCAGGGAGCGCCCAAUCCUCCAUCCUCACCCCCACCCCGCCGGCGACCACUGAGGGCCCGGGCCGCAAGGUCAGUACCAACAAGCAUGUGGUCUUUCUGGAGCCAAUCAAAGAGCAGCAGAACGGCAGGCUCAGGGCGGGGCCGGGAGCUGGGGCGGUGCACGGACAUUUGGGGCCAGGUUUACUGCUAGGGGCAGAGCAGCACUCAAAGCUCCACAACCAGUCGCAGCAGAGGGCAGGGGAGACAGACUCCAUCAUGUCCGUGUUCUCCGACACUCCCAUCAUGUUGCCAUAGCAACGGGACUCAGAGGGAGACACAGACUAGCACUAUCAUCACCUCUCACUCACUUCCUUCCUCCUCUGCUUCUCGGUUACCUCCUCACCACCUCCCACUGCACCCAGCACAAGACCUGAGCAAACCAGUAAUCCAAUACUGACUAAGAGCUUUUACAAUUUCUCUUUUCUUUGCGAGGCUUUGAGGCAUUUCAGCUGCCUGAUACAACAGAUCAAGUGCAAUUUUAAGAGAUUGAAUACUGUUCAAUACCAAAUUUACAUAUAUUAUUGUUUGCCCAGGUCUGCCCACUAAGCCCUACAGCCAUGACCCAAUGCACUGUGACGGGAUGGGCUCAAACAGACUGACAGGGUAGGGACGGUGCUUACAGAAGACACCGGAAAGAGAAAACAGAGACGCAGGGAGGACAGUGCAAGUACAAACCUGUCAGAAUGAAAACAGACCAAAAACAGCAAGAACUUGGGGAGAAGCUGCGGAUACUGCCUCAAAGUCUGAGCCAGGAAAUUGUGUUCAAGUUAAAAAAACAAAGAUUGUGGCCACGAAGAGCAUGGACUGCUGCUGAAAGUGCACAGGGCUGUCCCUUUAAGCACGGCUUGUACCUUUAAUGAACAUUUGCUACAGAUGCCUUCUUGUUUCGUACAGAUAGAGAGAGAAAAACAUUUAUCUUUUUGUAGAGCUUUUUAGCGUUUCCUUUUCUUUCCAGAGCCGGUGCAUCAGUUGAUUAGGGCCAAACCAAUCUGCAUAGUGUAGCUCUGUCACAAUGUGAAAUGUUUUAGAGUAGACAAGCUAGUGAAGAAGAACAGCUUUUAGCUAAAAAUAGAAACUGUUUUAAAGGAUAAGGUUUGAUUCUGAACUCCCGUCUCCCUCCUCUUCCUCCUCCUCCUCCUCUCCCCUGGAACAUGAUUACUGUCAUCAUCAGUCAGAACAGAAGUUCAGGAAAACAAAAGGGAAAUAAAUAAAUAAAUAAAAAACCUCUGAAACAUCAGUUGAAAUUAUUUAUGCUGGAGAAGAAGUAGCAUUGUUUGGUGAGUUCAUUCGGAGACAGUGGAACUUUUUUUAAAGGUUUAAUCGACGGACUUUUUUAUUCACUCUGUCUGACACAAUGAAUAGGUGACAAAGGAAAGAUUUGCCUUUGUGUGGUGAACAUACAGCGGGAUUGACGGGACAAUCAGGGCAGACGUGUUUUUUGUUUUUAUUGUCUUCACUGUAUUCACUGCAUCUUCCCGUCCUCGCACUGCCUCUCUCUCCUUCCUGUCUCUUGUCCUCUCUUUAUCUGUGUGUUAAUAAACGUCUGUAUCUGGACCUUCCA